AUGAAGCUGGAAGCUGCGCGCCAGCUCAUCAGCAGCAAACUCCAGUCCAUUCGCAUGGAAGAUGGCACUCUCGUUUACCACACUCUCCAGUUUCUUGUCGAGUCCGAAAGAGGUCCUCUUUGGAAACAAUACCUUCUCAACCCUUCCAUUUCCUUCGACGAUGUCGUCUACGUCUUCGUCUGCUUCAUCGUGGUGAUGAUCCUGCGGCUGGUCAUCAGCGGCGGCAGCAGCGGGGCGCUGCGGCAGCUGCCCUGCAUUUCGAAGCGGAUUGCAAAGUCUUUCGAUUUGGUCCGCCCGGGGAAGCUGCACAAGUUCGGGGAGAAUGUCUGCGAGUUGCUGCAUGCAGCUUGCCCCCUGCUGCUGCUGCUGCUGCAGCGGCGGCAGCGCCGGAGGCAGCAGCAGCCGAUGCUCCCAGGGUUUGGAGGCCCCAAGAUUGCUGGGGCAGAGAUAUCUCUGGAACAGUGGGGCCCUUCCGUACAGCUGAAGCCCGCAGCCAGAAGGGCUGUUUUGCUGCAGCAGCAGCAGCAGCAGCUGCAGCAGCAGCAGCAGCAGCAGUGCGCACAAGGGGGACGGAGGAAGCAGCAGCAGCAAUUCCCCGCUGUCUCCUCCGGGGCUCCCACCAAAGCUGCUGCUGCAGAUAAGAAAACGCCGUUUGCAGCAGAUCUGGCCGCUGUUGCAGCAGCGCAGCAGCAGCAGCAGCAGCAGCAGCAACAGUCAAUCUGA